AUGGUACUUGGCAAUGCAGGCGUAUCGCGUCGGUCGGAAGAUCGAUCAAGGCGAUCAAUGGUAGCAUGUAACCGAUGCCGAGGACGGAAAACGCGCUGUGCCGGUAAUCCACCACAUCCCUGCGCUGCCUGUGUGGAGGCGGGAAAAACAUGCAUGUACUCAGAAGCAGAAAAACGGGUCUCGAUUACCGAGAGCUACUAUCGUCAACUACAAUCACAAGCCCCAGGGACGCUGUCCACCACACAUGGCUCACCACGUGGGAAUCCCAUAGCAGAAAAGAACCAGUCAAUAAUUUAUAGUGAACCUUCAUUGUCUACUCGCUAUUCUGACACUGAAACGGCCCCAGAACGGGACGAUUGGUGGUACAAAGGAACCGACAACUUGUUUCUGAACCGAUCAGGAGAGCAUCACUUCGUGGGUGCUUCGUCCACAACGCAUCUAGCUAAACGACUCAACCCCGGAUCCUCCAAUCUUGCAUGGGAUGUGCGGCCACUCUACGAUGACCCUUCAUCACUAAGACGGCCAGUUGGUGGCACACUUCCUCAAUUGCCUCCUUUUGAGUUCGCUAAACGAUUGUUUUGGGUGCAAUAUGCCUAUAUUGGCACUAUCUUCUCACUCAUCCACCCGGCAGAAUUCGAAGAAAGACUUGACCUGGUCUACCAUCAACCACUUGACCUGUCGCAUCGAGAGUCGAGUUUGGUAUAUUGUCAGACUCUACUCGUCAUUGCAUUUGGCUUGAUGUAUUCUGUAAAUCAGUGGGCAGGUGAUGACGGCCCUCCUGGGUUUAAGUAUUUUAAGCACGCGUUACGAUUUUUACCUGAUAUCCACGAGGAGGGCUCUAUUUUUUUUGUUGAGGUGCUAUGUUAUGUAGCAUACUACAUGCAAAACCUGAACCGGCGUGAUGCUGCUUUUCUCUACAUCGGAUUGGCCUUGCGUAUGGCCAUAUCCCUAGGUCUUCACCAGGAGGUUUCAGACCCAACAAUAAGCGAGGCUGACCGCAACCGUCGACGUCGUGCUUGGUGGUCUGUUUAUAGCUUGGAUCGGCAAGUACCAUCUGGGAAUCCUAUAACUAUCCAUGAUGAAGAUAUUGGUAUAACCUGGCCCGCGGUAGUGGACGGAACAACAUUCGAUCCAUGGCCAUCAACUGUUCUCACUCAUUACACAAAGCUAUCCCGUAUCCUGGGACGGAUUGGCGAAGAAAUUUAUCGAAAGAAGCCCGGAUCGGGGUCCAACCUCAUUGCUUCCGUUCAGAGUAUAACGAAUGAUCUCUCUGGAUGGCUACGCCAGGUCCCUGAUCGUCUUCGUAUUGACUUCUCAACACUUGAAACACAUGUCAAUCGAGAGUCCGUUUCUAUCAACUUACACUUUUAUUCAUGCGUGAACAUGACUGCACGCCCGUUAGUAUUUUAUGUCAUUCAACGCCGACUUGAUGCGGAAGCACUUGGGUCUGCCACGGAAGAUUGGAAAGAAGGCCUCGCCCCCAAUACUGUUGCCGUUAUUGAUAGCUGUAUUACAGCUGCUCGAGCAACCACUUUGAUCAUGGAUGCCGCCGCAAAACACAACCUCAUUGCUACAUAUGGUUACCUUGACGGCGAGUACAUCUUCUCCGCUGCACUGCUACUUGUCAUGGUAAAUGCUGCAUUUCCGCCCAACGAAACCAGCGCACGAGCCAUGGAGACCGCAUUGAAUCUUCUUCGGGGCAUGGCUGAUCGUGGAAAUACCUACCUGGGCUCACGUCAUUUACUAUUGCUAGAACUCCGGGCUGCUAUUGUGACUAGGUCUGUUGCAAAUGAUACCGAUGGAGCGAGCUCGGCAAGUCAGAAGGUCCCAUUGACGCCGACAACCGAGCACGCUACAACUCUCACAGAAGCAAAGGAAGAUAUGGCAUCUCCCUUAGGGGGACUACAAGUGCUUGCUCCUGAGUGGCCACAUAAUGACCUCCCCUCAUUCCGAGAUAUUGCGUUUCAAUUCGAUCUCAACGAUGAUCCCGCACUCUGGGAAGGGGCAUUGGACCAGAUUGAUAUUGAUAUGGAUACGGACUGGAUUGAAAAUACCUUAAAGCGAUAG